AUGAAUGCAUUAAAUUUAAGAGUUUCUUCUGUGAAAAAUAAUGAUAAUGUGCGGAAAAAUGCUGAAAUGAGAGCUGCUCUUGUCAAGUUGCCGGCCACAUAUCAAACAGCAGAUGAAUCGUAUUGCUUGGAAUUCAGAGGGGCUACCACCGUACCAGAUCAAGUGGCUUGUGUCAAGAGGAUUUUUGAGUCUGCCAAGGACAAUGAAAGAGUGUUACAGUUUUUAUGUGACUUACAUUUUAGCAGUCCUUUAAAACAUCCUGUGCGAAAUCAAAUUGUUAAACUUUUAGUUAAUGCCUCCAAAAUAAAUGCCGAUAAUUUAACAGAAAGUAUAAUUGUGAAAUCUUUGGCCAGCAGUAUACAAACAGUUGUUCUGGAGACAAAGGCAAAUUCCAGUAGUCUGGUUUGGAACACCAAUAUCGUUUCAUUGUCUGGAUGCUUUGAGAAUUUUGAAUGUGGUCGUAAAGCAUUGGGAUUAAAUAUAGAUGAUGUGUUUUCAAUUAUUUACCUCUCGGUGGGGAAAUAUUUGGAUGAAUUGAAGACAAUUUCUUCUCCCUCUGUACGCAAUGAAUAUUACAUGUAUGUCCACAAUUCGGUGAGAAUACUUUUAACAUGUUCCCAAGAAUUUGGAGGAGAUUUAAAAACCAAACACAACACCGAAUUGAGAGAUCUUGAAAAGCUCUGCCUUCAGAUUGUUUUGGAUGGUGAAAUUCCCAUGGAUCCACGUACAAAUGCUGGCAUGUUAAUGGCAAAUAUAGCCAAGUUAUUCGAUGAAUAUCCCGCUUUUGUGCUCAAAGCCCAGGCCAUUCAAAAUCCAAAUGAAAUUGCAUUGUGUGUGGGUGUCAUAAAUACCGCAAAUUCUGUAGAUUUUCAAAAAUAUUCCAAUAACAUCCUACAUAUAUGUGGGAAAAUUGAUGAAAUUGCUAAUGCCAAUGCGACGGUACCUAACAUUCUGCUGUGUGCCACAAGGGCUCUUUUUCAAAUAUCCAAAUUAACUUUACAAUUUGCUUUGGGAUGUUCCCGUGAAGAUGGUCAACAAAUUCUCCAAAAAUUAAUGGCAUUUUCGGUGGCAUUUAUGGAACAUCAUAUGGACAGUGUUAGACAUUUGUGUAGAGAUCUUAUGCGCAAUGUUGUGGCAGCUGCCAAGAAAUUGGAAUACAAUGAAUUGAUAACGAAUAUCUACGAGGCCUGCAACUCUGAUAGAUUAUCGUUGGCGGUAAAAUGUGUUAUACUACAACAAGUUUCCUAUGUCUUAGGAGCGGAGAAUAUUUUGGAGAAUUGUAAAACAAUUUUUAGUAAAUUAUUUACCGAGAAUUUGGGUAAAGAUUUUAUUGUUAAUAAUUUAUAUGAAGCAUUAAUGAUGGCCAAUUACAAGGAACAGUCAUUUGAUAAAUGGUGUAGUACCUGGAUUGGAUUUUUACUCAACAUUGCCUGUUGUCAAGAUUCACGUUUAGCCGAUGUAGAAGCUUUAAUUGUUAAAGCUGUAAAGUGCGAUAGUCGCGUCGUACAAAGUAUUCUCUUUGCACAAAAUUCCCAGGAAACUAUUCCGAUUAGUACCAAACUUUCCACUUUGUGGGCUGUACGUAAAUCUGGUAUUAAAAUUGAUAACUACGAAGAAAUCAUGCAACAAUUUUCACAACAUUUACAAUUGAGUAUUCUAUCCAAUGACAAUGAGACACGAAUUAUGGCUGUAAGGCUAUUGGUGGAGACCCACAAAACUACGGAGCCGCUAACACAAAUGGAAUGUGAACUGUUAAUUGUAUAUUUGCAAUAUAAUGUUAAUACUCAGUGUCCAGCAACUAGGCAUAAAUCGUUGGGUUUAUUGACCAAGGCAUUAAGUCGGUGCCACGUGGGUGUGCAGAAAUUCCUAAAGGGAAAACAAGCAUCAGAAAUUAAGGAUGAAGAAUCAUUGGAUUUAAAAUUCCUUAAGGCAUUUAUGAAAAUCUUAGUGGAAAAUCUCUUUGAGGGAGCAAAUUUCAGUCGGCGUUCAGUUUCCUUGCAACUUUUGCAGCAGUGUUUUGAAAUUGUUAAGAAUUGUGGUCUCAAAUUGUUACCCUUGCUACCGAAAGAAACUGUAAAAGUUUUAUAUGAAACCUUAAAAGAUUCAUAUGAAUCCAACAAUGAAUUGGCAGUUAAUAUGUUGAAACUUUUACAAGACAAUGCCGAUAAUAGCGAUAUUCUCAAAGACCACAAUUUGGAAAUAAAUCUCAACAAUGUUUUGGAUCUCUUGACAUCGGUAAGGCCCACAGAUUCAGUUACUGCAUCAUAUCAAAUGGAAUUCUUAUGUCAUCGUGGUUGCCCAUCAAUGUUUGGUGAUUACAAUUUGCCACAAUAUUCACCCACCUAUUUUGCUGCUUUGAAAUGGUUAUAUGACCAUCUAAAAGAUGGUUUGGAAAUGGCACGUUUGAGUAUAUUGGAAGCAGCCAAGAUGAAUCCUUUGUAUGGCAUACUACUGACAAUUAAACAUUUAUUGGCCAGAAUAGAAUUUUCUCAGUUGGCCAAGGAAACUGUGUGGCGUAAUUUUGUAACCGAUUUGAUAAAUAUUUGUAAGGACUUGACGGAUGUAGUGUCACCCAUUGUAAAUAGUUCAUCACCCGAAGGCCAUUUACCAAAUGAUUUUGGUGAAUUUCCGGAAAAUAUUGUAAAGGAAGAAAAGACCUCCUCCCCUGGCUUGGAUUCGGCACCGUGUAAAAUAUUAUCUUCAAAGUUACGCAAAUCGGAUUUGAUAUCGCUCAAAACUACACCACAAAUGGUUUUGCUAUGCGCCUGGCGUACUGUCAAAGAAGUCUCCCUCAUUUUGGGUUAUGUGGUUUUAAAUUCCCCCAUUCAAUUUACUUCGGAUGUGAAAGAAUUUCUUAUCAGCAAAGAACAAAUUCUUGAUAUUGGUGAACAUUUCAAACUUUUACUAUCGGAAACUAAACAUCGUGGUGCCUUUGAACAGGCCUAUGUGGGUUUUUCAAAGCUGUGUUGUCGUCUUUGGACUGUGGAAUAUCCGGAGUUAAAUACGUUACCCAUGAUGUGGCUAAAGGAGUUGAUUUCUCUGAUUUCCCAAGAAGAUGUAAAUAAUGGUAAAAUAUGUGCCACACGACGCAGUGCUGGAGUACCAUUUAUGGUCCAGGCUCUGAUCACCUCUGAAUUGAAGGUGGGCUCAAUUAAAUCCUUGGCAUUUUGUAUGAAACACCUUUUAGAAUUGGCUGCGUGUAAGGAAAACAGUUCUGAAUCUCGCACCCAUGCCUUGAAUAUUUUAAGAGCAUUGUUUCGUUGUUCGGAUUUAAAUGAAGCUGUGGGUGAAUAUGUUUCGCAAGGUAUUACAGCUGCCAUUAAUGGCUACGAUGCCAGAAAUUGGUCCGAGAAAAAUUCUGCUACAUUAUUAUUUGCCUCACUAAUGACCCGGAUAUUUGGUGUACAACGCACUAAAGAUACGGAAAACUUGAAUAUCCGUAAUAAAAUGACCGGACGUGUUUUCUUUUUACGUUAUCCCAAAUUGUAUGAUUUCUUUUUGGAGGAGCUGCAAAAGGCAAGUGAGUUGAUUUUGCGACAACAAAAAGCCCAUAAAUUGCAUCCAUUGUUGUUGGUGUUGAGUCGUUUGUAUGUCUCGGCCUUGGAGGGUACCGAAUCUAAUUUGAAAUUGUCUCAGUUUAUACCGUACGUAUCGGAAUGUGGUGGUUGUCCAGAACUGCAGACAAGAUAUUUGGCAGCCAAAGCCAUUGCUGCGUUGGUUAAUAAGGAUGAAGUGUCGACAUUGUUGCGGGAGAAAUGUGCCGAAAUUGUGCUUAUGACCGAUGGAAAUGCAAUUAAACUUAAUCGUUUACACGGCUAUAUUCUGCAGAUUUACUUUUUAUUGAAAAAUCACAAAGGCAUUUUGAAUGAGGAAUUAAUAACGGAUAUUUCCAGCACAUUUGUGUGUUUCCACAAACGUACAGGUUUACAAAAUGCAGUCAUCCUGAAAACCAUAUUGGAUAUCUUUAUAGAAAUGUUAAACAGUUUAUCUUCCAUGAAUGUAAAACGUGACUUAGUACAACAAUUGACAUACUUCUCCACAUUGGCCACAAACAAUGAUCCCAAAAGCAGUUUUUAUUAUACCGUGCAAUAUAAAACAAAUUUCCUUUAUAAUUUACAUAACAUGCGUUUAACGCUGCCCGCGGAGGCUUUAAGUGAUUAUAUACUAGAACCUCCAGUGACGUUACUGCCAUUAGAACAAGCUGAAACAUGUCUCAAUAUUAUUUUACUUGCAUUGGCUGGCAAUGCAAGCUGCGAUGAGGAAAUGUUGGAAGAAUUUGAAAUUUUACCCAAUGAAGUGCAAUUUAUUAAAUCCUUAGAUGAAGAUUCCUUACAAGAACUCUCUUCACAAUUGAGAAAUAGUAAGGCCUUGGAAAUCUAUUUAAAAAAGCUAAUAGAGAUUCCAAAAUAUUAUCCUGAGGCAGCCAAGAAAGCAUAUGCCAUUUUGAGUCAACUUCAUCACUUUGAUUUUUCACUCAGUCAGCUAUUGGAAAAGGCCAAGAAACAUAAAACGGAUGUAAAAUCAUCGUUGACCAUGUGUGUGGAAAGGGUUCUGCAAAAACAAGGUGUUAACUAUGAUUGUGCCCAAAAAUGUUUGGAAUAUUUAAUUGAAAUUGCCAAUCCCUCGCAGCCAUAUUAUUUGAGAAUCAAAGCUGCCAACAGCCUAAAACACAUUGCGAUACAUUAUCCCAAAUGUUUGGAACUAAAACGUUUGGAUUUCAUUAGUUUAUAUAUCAAACUUGUAUUGGAUCUUUUAAUGGAUGAUGAUUAUGACAUAAGAGAUGCCAGUUCGAAAUUAAUUGUGUCAUGCCUUGCCACUGACAUUAAUUUAUAUUUGGGUAAUAAUUGGCAGCAGCAAACAUUGGAAAUUACCCCAAAAGACAAUAUGGUAUCGACGGUGGUGCAACGUUUAUUUUUACAGUAUUCCGUUGAGCUGUUGUUGAAAUAUAUGGCCAACGAUGAUUAUAUUUUGGAAAUAUUUAACAUCAUUGUGAAACAUUAUAAGAAGGCAACAUCGAAUGGUGGCAAUGAUGAUUCCUCAUCUUCCAGUCUGAUGGAUGUGGAAAUAUUUGAUAAAAGUGAGGCCAAUGAUUUCUCCGAACCUUUUACCGUUAUCAAAGAUGCUGUGGAAAUAUUUACAUACUCGUUUCAGACACAUACAAAAGUUAUGGACUAUUUAAGUUUAUAUCAGUGA